AUGUUGUCCAUUUUAGCAUUGAUGUUGGUGGUGGCAGCAGUGGCAACAAAGGAGGAAGAUGAGAAGGAAUGCGCCAACCAACUUGCCAACCUGGUGGCCUGCAUUCCAUUCGUGAGUGGGGCUGCCAAGAAGCCAACACAGCAGUGUUGCAACGACACCCAGAAAGUGAAGAGUGCCAAGCCCAAAUGUUUGUGUGUUCUUAUCAAGGAGAGCACUGAUCCUUCUAUGGGCCUCAAUGUCAAUGCCACUCUGGCACUUCAAAUGCCUUCUGCUUGCAACAUUGAUGCCAAAGUCUCCAAUUGCCCCUAUUCACUGCCAACUUCUGCUUCUACUUCAUCUGGUUCAUCAUCAUCUUCUUCUUCUGGGACUGGUUCGAGUUUGGACUCAAAAGCCACUCCAAGCAGCAAUGAUGUAGCAGAGUUGAGUGGAAGCUUGUUGCCGAUGAUCAGUCUG